UGGCUGGUUCUGUAACUUCGCUCUGCGGGGAAUGCGGUCUCUCACGGGUGUGCCCGCAGAGGUCUGUUCCUGUGUGCAGCACCCGGUAGAGUCCCUUUGUGCCAGAGGGCUCCCGAGUGGGGAAGCCGGGCCCUUCAGCCUGCACUCUCAGAGAGCGCGCCGGCGUGGGCGACCGGCCGAGUUCUGCAGUUCAGUUGGGAAGUCCGUUGUUGCCUCAGCCCUCCAUUGGAGAUUGGCGUCCCUGGUAGUGAGGGUCAUGUUUUGGUUCCAUUAGCCAGCUACCGUUUUGUCCUUAGUUAUUACUUAUGGACUGGAUCAACAUUAACGCUAUCAACUGUUUGUGGAUGUCGUCAUUUUUUCUCAGUUAUCCCGUGGGAUUUUCUGUGUUCAACUUGGUGGCAGCAUAGAAAGAUUUGAAGACACAGAGGAGACACAGGGAGAGAGACUAUGUGAAGGCUGAGGCAGAGAAUGGAGUUUGUUACUAAAGGCAAGGAAUGUGAAGGAUUGCUGACUACCACCAGAAACUAAAAGAAGUGAAGAAGGAUUUCUCCCUGGAGCUGUCAGACAGGUAAGAGGAUCUAGAAGGAGGUUGGCUGUCGAGAGAUGAACGAAGAGUCUUUAUUACUCAGAUAAUGAAUCAAAGGACAGCCCCUUUCUGGAUAAGGAAACUGAUAUACCCUAGGCCAAGAACAACCUGAGAACCUCAGCAAAGUGGCCCCAAAAUAUCUCCUCUGUGACAGAGGUUUGGAAUCUCCCAUCUCCAUCCCAAAACACAUCACUUAUGACUUGAACAUAUCAUUAAAUAUUCAAGAUACAGAGAAUAAAGUCCACCUGUGGAAAAUGACCCUCUGAAAAGAAGUUUGGAUUCAUCCUCAGAGCUAUUAGAGGAACAUCUGAGAGUCAUAUGGCUGAGGUUUCACAAGAUCCCGCCCUCUCUCCAUGCCAGAGGAGAAGGCUAGAUCCACUUCCAAAGAAGCAUGGGCAUCGUAGAAGGGUCGUAAGGAAGAAGAGAAUGAGAAAGAGCAAGAGGAAUGUGCAAAUGGAGGCCCAGUGUCCCCGUAUUCUUCCAACACUGUUAGCACCUCCACAAAGUGAAGAGGAUGAGGUUACAGAUAAAGAGCCAGCCAUAUUCAGUAUGCAGGAAGAUGCUGCUGAUCUUCCCAGUAAGGACAGAUUACGGAGUCAGCAGGAUGAAGGUUCCUGUGUGGUGAUGGAUCAAGAAUGUCAGCUCCAGCCGUGUGAGAUCUCAGUGGCUCAGGAACCUGCGCCCUCUCCUGCGGCAACAUCCUUGGCAUCACCACCACUCUGCUUUGGCCGCUUCCUAAGCUGUCUCUGCCCAGACUUCUCAAAGUCUAGGAAGGGGAAGCUUUCCAGAAGAAAGGACAGCGACCAAGCUAAGGCAGGAGGUGAUGCUAAGGUUCCAAGAUCCCGCCUGCUGAAGCGUCUGGGCAGAAACAAAGUGCAGUCUCACCAGAGCCUGUAGCAAGUUGAAACUGAUUCAGCAGCUUUCCCUUGUGUUUGUGUCUUCUCUGUACACCUUUCUGUUGGGUGUGUUCCAGUCUGUCAAAGAGAUGGAGGAGCGAUUUUAUGUUGAGGUCAAGGCUACAGGAAAACAAAGUCAAAAGUAACCUUAAGACUUUUAAUCUGCUUCCGUUGGUGGGACUGCUUCCUAUUUCUUUCUCAUUAGGCUGAAAUGGGAUUCACUCUGGAGCACUGGCUUCCAAAACUGAUGUGUAUUUCCGUCAUUUGACUUAGCUUUCUCUGGCUGCUGUGAGGAUGGAAGCCAUACAAUUCAUUAUUUUUGGAAGUGUUUCCAGAUAUCAACAACCAAGUAGAAACUCAUCUCCUCUUAUUUGCUUUGAUCUUUGGCAAGAGAUCCAUUUUGCAUUUUUCAAAUUCUGACAUUUCUGUUUGACCUAAAUUACCUUCAGGGCAUGAUGGUUGCCACUGUUCUAGUCAGUAUACAACUAUCACCUCCUCUGUCUCCAAUCACUUAUUUGGCUUCCCUUUUGCUGCUUAUUCAUAACAUACCUUCUGUUCUUUCUGAAGUGAGUCUGUCUCUUGCCAUCUGAUUUAGACAAAGGCCAGGUAAUGAUCCUUCCUUGUCAUUCUCUAGUCAGACCCUCCUAGACCCCUGAGUUCUUCUGAGGAUCCUAAAUAAGAUAAAUACUUUAAGAAAGUUUAAGACCAUUUUAUUUCUCCCUUGUUGUUCUGGUAUGCUAGAGGUUAGUCCUGUUUUCAGGAUACAAAAUAAGAGUUUAAAUUAAUAUUAUAACCUUCCUUUGAUGGAGUAUGUUCAGAAAGGGUUUAGUAGUUUCUCUAUAGCUCAAAUUAUCUGUCGGUAUUUCCUAUUUUUACCAGCUUUUUAGUUCACAAAAGAAUAAAAAAUGUGUAAAUAAAAAUUCAAAGUGCCUGCAUAAGAGGGAAGUAGUAAACUUUAUAUUUUUUCAUCCUUAGCACUGACCCUGAUGAUUACUAUACUAACAUUGCAGGAGAGACCAAUAAGUUUACUCUGUUCUUUUCUUGACUGGAAAUAGGGCUUUUUACUCUUGGAAGAAUGUAGUCGGGAAGGGAAUAGAAUGAGUUGCCAGCUUCAUGGCCAAGAUCCUUAAGCCUGUCUUGGAAGUCAUAGGUGAAAGCCAUCCUUGGAGAAGUCUUGAAGUUUGGUGAGAAACUCAUAUUUGACUUGAGAAUUUUGCAAAAUGUCAUAGACUGUGCUGGAAGUAACAAGGAACAGCUUUUUAAAAUCAGCCAUGCUUUGAUAUUUCUAUUUGUCUAAAAAAAUGGUUGAUUUUCCAUUUCAGAGUAUGAAGUUUUAGCUGAUCUAGUCAACCAUUAUAAAUGGGCUCAAAUUUAAAAUUGUAUAUAUAUUUUCUGUAUUUAAUAUAAACAUGUACUCCUAGGCAAGGCAUAAUGUACACAGAGUCCUGAGUCAUGGAGCCUAUUAUUAAAAGCUCAAAGGAAGGCAGAUAUUAGUGUUACUAUUAAUACUUUAUUAUUAUUUUCAUCAUAAUAUAUCUUAGAAUGAGUUGUUCUAUUAUAGAAAAUGUAUUUGUUGGAGCCUAAUUAGCUGUAUUUAUAUUCAACUCCAUCUACAACCCUUAUUUUCAUGUAAAAGUUGCUUGCUGAAAAUUUAAAAUCCUGAUUUCACACAAGGCAAGAUCUCUAUAAGCACUUUGUUUUGAAAUUUUCUGUUCAUGCGUCUUGACCCCUUAACUUAAGGCAUGUUCAUGUCUCCAGUGAUGGAUUUGUAAAUGAGAAAGUAUAUAUAUUUUCAACUUUCGAAUUUUGUGUUGCUGUCUUUAUUGUUUGAGUUAUUAAAUAUU